AGAGAAAAGGCGGGAUGGCGGAGAGCGGGAUGGCGGAGAGCGGGAUGGGGUCUGAGGAGAGCGGUGAGGAGGAGCUGCCCAGCUUAGCGGCCCUCUUACAGCCACCGCCCGGAGUGUUGGGCUGCCGGCAGUCCUCACCUCCCUCUCCCAAACCGGGAAAUUCGGCGGGGGUAGUUGUGAUGGUGAGCAGUGGAAGCGAAGAGGAAGAUGAGGACUUGGUGGAGGUCGUUCCGUUGUCUGAGAGGAUCAAAAGGAAGGUGGAAGCAAAGAGGGAUGCGGUUUGUGGUGGGGAUGUGGAUUGUGGCAGCCUGCUGGCAUCCUGCAGAGAGAGAACGUGGGAAGACCCCGUGUCGGCUGGAGCUGUGUCUUGUGGCAGCCCAGAUGGCACAAGUGAUGCUGAGAGGCCCUCCGUGUGCCCACUGCCAGCUUCUCAGACUGAGCACACAGGCCGGAAUGGUAGGCCUCUGGUAAGGGAAGCAAGCCCUGAAACAUCACCUGCUGCCAAGAAGAGAAAAUAUAGUCGGAAGGAAAAGGAGGCAAUCAGCCAGGCUAUGUGUCAGAGGAGGAAGGAACGAGAUGCACGGAGAAGGGAACAGGAGCAGGAAAAAGAGAGAAAGAGGGCUCUUGCCAAAAUGCUGAAAGCUCAGCGACCAGGGGAGUGCCAGAAAUACAUAACAGCGGUGCUAGAUCCAGCUCUCUUACAGGUAGAAGGUGGUGGACAGAUCCUUAGUGCUUUGCAGGCUGCAAAUUAUUCCUGUGUGGUUGAGAGUCAGGCUGUACCCUGCAGCAUCAGCUGGAGGAGAAAGGUUGUGUCUUGUCAGGUAGAAGAAGGAGACAAAUGGACAGAAGAACCAAAUGUUCUGGUUCUGCUUCAUCUGGAAGAGUUUUUGUCCAUGAUUCACAACUACAAACAAGAGGCCCAGGGUUGUACAGAAGGACAUAAGGAAACUCUAGAGAGCUACGUGGUUCAUGUGAUGGAGAAAAUACCUGGGAAGAUUCUGGCACUGGCAGUAGUUGGAGUAGAAAAUUACUUCAGGCCUCUCAGAGUUCAGCCCAAAAAGAAACUGCACCAGGCAGCAGCAAGUGGAAAGCAGGAAGAGAAACAGGGAAAGCAGAGGAAAAGGGAAGUGAAGGGUUCUGGCCUGGAGAUAACCAGAAUGGAUGUGGAAGAAGCCAUGAUAGAUCUGCAGCUGUGCCAAAAAGUCCAAGUCAACUUGUUUGAGAGUUGUGAGGAGCUUGGAGAAUUUGCCACCAUGUUCACAAAAGCUGUUGCUGAAGCACCGUUCAAGCGAGAGCGAGAGAAGACAGGCUUCUCUUUCUACUUGGAUAAGAAAUGGUGUGGAGGGGUGAAGGUGGAUCCUUCUGGAAAGGGGCUCUUGGAAGUCUGGAAGAGGCAGAUACAACAAUUCAACCGGGUCAGCAGUGAGAUGGCUGAGGCUAUUGUGUCUGCCUACCCUUCUCCUCAGCUUCUGGUCCAGGCCUACAGCAGAUGCUCCUCAGAGCAGGAGAGGGAAGACAUGCUGGCCAACAUCCUUGUGCACCGUGGUGAGGGUGUGACAGCCACUGCCCGGCGGGUUGGGCCAGAGCUCUCCCGGCGCAUCUACCUGCAGAUGACUUCCCACGACCCUGACCUCUAUUUGGAUUCAAUUGUGUAGCUGCAUGGCACAAGGAUUUUACUGAUUGUGUGCGAAGAUGUGCUUAGGUAACAUUCACUGAUCCUAAUUGAAAGACUUAAAGCACAUUUAGACUUUAUUGUGGCAGAAGGAAGGUUGGAUAAAAUGGCUGAAAAUGGGGAGCUUACACAAUAAAUAUGGUGAAUAUCUAUAAGAGCAGGAGUUGGGCAUGGGACAGCAC